GUUUCUGUGACUUGAUGAUGAAAAUAUGAUGUACUUAUGAGAAUUUUCUGCUUAUUGAUGCUCAUAUAAUGAAAAUUGUGAGAAUAAAUCGGGUAAAUUAAUUUCAGUAUUUAUUGUGCAAAACAAAUUCCUGCAAAUGUUUAAAGUAACCUAAAACCUAAACCUAGUUUCUACACUUUUCAGCUUAUCAUGAGUAGGAGUAAGAUACAGAUUCUUUUCAGUAUAAUAUGUUUAAUCUUAGCUGCAGUUUUGUUGAUUAUCAACAUUUCCACGUAUAAUACUGUCACACAGGUUUUCAAGAAAAACGUCUGUUAUCCUCAAGUGGUCAACAAUACCGAUGAAAAUGAGCAUGCAAAGCUUUCUAAUCCUGGAUGCGUAUUACCUGAAAUUGAUCCAUUUGAUCCGGUAAUAUUGCCUUACAUCUUCAAUGCAUCUUUUCAUUGUGAGCAAUCAACCGAGUUGACUGUUAUUAGCUCAGACAAUCGUUUGGUCAUCCAAAUCCCAGAUGAUAUCGAUGAGGAUAUUGAUUGUUACUACUCAUGGGUAUAUCGAAAUGGAUCUGAUUCGAGUGUUUCUUAUGGCCCUGUGCAAGUGAUUCCUCCAACCGAUGGUGUUCAAUUUGGAAACGAUGCAAAUGUUGUAAACACUAGCUGUAUCGAUCAAAAAACAAAACAAGUUAUCUAUCGCAAUGUCCAUUUCCAUGUUCCUACAUUCAAACAAGUGCCAUUAACUAAUAAUGACUUACAUCCCUCCGUAAUAAUUUUAGUGGUUGAAUCUCUGAGUCGCUUGAGCUACCAACGCUUUAUGCCUGCCAUCAAUCAAGCGAUGCACGAUAUUGGUAACUUUCAACAUCUUAAGGGUUUAAAUCGAGUUGAAGAAAACUCUUUUCCCAAUUCAAUGGCUUUGCUUGCUGGAAGGACAAUCACUGAUGAAGUAGCUUCUUAUUAUUCAGGAAUUACCUGGGAUCAUCAAUUGCCUUACAUUUGGGAUACCUUCAAGAACUCUGGAUAUGUAACAAGUUUCUUAGAGGAUCAGCCAAUGCUUGGUCUUUUCUCGUUUUACAGUCGAGGCUUCCGUGAUCCUCCAGUAGAUUUUUAUCCAGUUGAAUAUUGGGUACACAUGUAUCCAAAUGGAACUGGUAACUUGUUCGAUAAUUGGGAUAACCCUUUGCGCUAUUGUUUUGAGAAAGCUGGAAGCAAAUUAGAACUCUUUUUAACCAUGUGUUCCAAAUUUGCCGAAGAUGUGAUCAAUCGCCAACAGAAGCCUUACUUUUUAUAUGCCUUUCACAGCCAAAUGACCCAUGAUGACUUCAAUAAUUUCCAAAUGGUUGAUCAACCUGUGGCAGACUUUCUACACUCUUUGUCACCUUCAGUUCUGAACAAUUCAAUUGUUAUCUUUAUGGGUGAUCAUGGGCCUAGAAUGGGUAGAUGGGUGAAGCCUUGGGGUGAUCAGAUAGAAACUCCAUAUGCCCGAGUUGAAGGAAGUCUUCCAUUUUUCGCCAUUAGAAUUCCAGACUCUUUGGACUCAAAGUAUCCUCAUUUGAGGAAAUAUCUAUCAUUAAAUGAAGAUCGACUGACAAGUUGGUAUGAUAUUCAUCAGAUAUUGCUUGACACAGCUCAGGGUCUAUUCAAACCAGUUGGAACUCGCACAAAAAUUCCAGUUGCAUAUUCACUUUUUCGCGAAGAAAUUCCUAUUAGUCGGACCUGUGAAGAUGCUAACAUCAGCCAAGAUUACUGUGCCUGUAAUGGAAGAGUUGGGGUCAAUCCUACUAUUAGAUAUUGGCCUAUUUAUGCAGCUAAAGGUUUAGUGCAUGAAUUGCAAACCAUUUUCCAAGAAAAUAACUGCGGAUCCAAUGUAACCUUUGACAAAAUAUUAUCAGGAGAGUAUUUCUAUCCUCGAUCGAAUGAAUCCUGGUCUACUUAUGAAAGAGCCAAUUUCUCAAUCCAAGUUAAGCCAAGUCAGGCUGUGAUCACUGCGAUGGUUCAUCGGUCAAAAGAUGCAAAUGAUUAUCGUUGGAGUCCUUGGAAGUUUCAUGAUCCAACAAACAAAUUGGAUUCAACAGAAUACACAAAGUACCUCACAAAAUUACUUUGCGUUGACCAUGUCCUGGAAAAUGUAAAUGUUACCAUUGUUUAACUUAUUAAACACGCAAAUAAAAGAAUGAUUCUGAA